AGCCGGCGCGCUCCGGGCUUGCGGCCCGCACGGCCCCGCUCCCUGGGAGCCGGAACAGCCGGGCCCCCGGCGCCGCCGGAGCGGGGCUCGGCGGGCGGAGGAGGCGGCCCCUCCGGGCGGAGCCGGCCGGCCCCUCGCUCAACCCCACGCUGGCAGCCACCGCGGCCCUCAGCCCCCUGCACGGACGCGCCGGAGACAUCCGCCAGGGCCCGCUUCCGGGAGGAAGUGACGCGCCCAGUCAGCUUCCGGCCGGGGAGGCUCGGCCCCACCUCCGCGCCGGGCAACUUAAAGGGACCGCGACCCCCAGGAGGAUUGAAGGAGACCGGGAGGCUGCCGGCGUGGACCGUGGGAAGGCGGGGCUGGGGCUCGGCGGGAGGCCACCCCCGCAGCCGCCCCGGGAUGAGCGCGCCCAGCAGCUGCUGGACGCGGUGGAGCAGCGGCAGCGGCAGCUCCUGGACACCAUCGCCGCCUGCGAGGAGAUGCUGCGGCAGCUGGGCCGCCGGCGCCCGGAGCCGGCUGGUGGCGGGAACGUCUCGGCCAAACCCGGAGCACCUCCCCAGCCAGCUGUCUCCGCCAGAGGUGGCUUUCCAAAGGAUGCUGGCGAUGGAGCUGCGGAGCCCUGAGCAUCCCUGAUGGGCGCCCUGACUUCUCUCCGUCCCGGGGCUGGUGGCUGAACUCUGAACAACUCCCUUCAAUAAAGGGGCCAGUCUUCACUGGCAGUGGCUGGUACUUGGCUCUCAGCCUGGGGUGGCAGCUCUGCUAGCAG